AUGAUAGCACUGUGCAGAAAUGCCUUGUUAUCUCAGUCCAAAAACCUGCUCGCCAUUCGCGCAAUGGCAUCACAACCGGACCCUUUCGUUAUGGAAACACUUUCAGGCUCAGAUGAAGGGAUUGUCCUGUUUAGGAUGAACCGUCCCCAGACCAAGAAUGCGAUAAGCAAGUUGUUUUUAGAGCAACUCAGGGAAAGUAUUUCGUCCGUGAAGUUCAACAAGAAUGCACGUGUUAUUAUUCUUAAGAGUGACGUUGAAGGAGCUUUUUGUACAGGGGCUGACCUCAAAGAACGUAAAUCAAUGCCUGUGGAGGACGUGCCCAAAUUUGUAGACUCAUUGCGAUCAUCUUUCACAAGUAGUGCCAAAAUUGGAUUGACCGAGACGAGAUUGGCAAUCAUUCCCGGAGCAGGAGGUACGCAACGACUCACUCGGGCUGUCGGGCCGUCAAUGGCAAAAGAACUUAUAUUCACUGGGCGAAUGAUCAGCGGUGAAGAAGCAUGCAGAAUAGGUUUGGUGAAUCACUGCACGAAGUCAGACGCCUUCUCGAAGGCCUAUGGAAAUCGCACGAGAAAUCGUUCCCAGGCUGUUCGCCUUGCCAAGAUUGCAAUCGACACUGGAUCAGGAAUGGAUUUGAGUAGUGGCCUUGUUGUAGAACAGCAGUGCUAUGCCCAGGUGAUACCCACACAGGAUCGACUCGAAGGCUUGCGGGCUUUUGCUGAGAAACGUUCCCCUGUUUACAAGGGAGAGUGA